UGGUGUUUAAUUUUUACCAAAAUGGCGUCCAAUUUAACGGGAUUCUAUCUACUAUUUAGAAUAGAAGAGAAGAGAAAAUUUCUGUUAGAAAAUAGUGAGACUUUUCCAGCAGAAAAAAAAGAAACAAGAUGAGAAUCAUCAACAACCUGUUGUUGGAACAACAUCUCAAUUGAACGAGUCAUUUCAUCUUAAAUUGUUGAUCAAGUUUAAUCUUUUCUUUUUGUUUCUUCUCUUAAUUUUUUUGCUUCUUUAUUAGUUACCUUAUUGUUUGUGUUCGAUUCUCGUCUCGUUUUCGAUUUCCAAUUGUUCACAAAAUGUCCACCAUCCAAUCAAACGACAAAAGCCAAGAAGAUUCAACUGUUGCUAACGGCGGAUCUUCAUCAUCUUCUUCCGUUACUAUUACUGAAAGAGCUCGAGUUAUUGUUUCUAAUAAUGGUUCUGAUGAAUCGAGAUUCGGAUAUGAUAAAUCUUCAAUUUCUAUUCCAUCUUCAUCAACUGAUGUUUCUGGUGAAAAAAUGGCCAACAAUCAAGAGGAAACAAAGAAAAAGAAAAAACCAGCCAAUUGGUUGGACGUCCUACAGAUUGACCCAAAGGUUUAUUGGCCGAAAAAGUAUCGAUAUACAGCUGAACCUCGACCAGGAAGUUAUUACAUGUUAACUGUCAAGGAGAGAGACUUUUAUGAAGACAAUGGUUUUCUAAUUGUUAAAAGUUUAAUCCCGACAAAUGGGAUUAACAAAAUUCGAGAUAAUCUAAAAGAUGGAUCUAGAUUAGCAUCAACUGACCAACCAAUUAAUUCAGCAAUAACUAACGACACAUUGAGAAAUCUGAUCAACUAUCCACGGAUUGUACGUUAUGCUGGAUCUUUCUGUGGUUACAAUAUAAUGGCAAUGACUUGUUCCCCUAUUUAUGAUUAUAUGUUUUCCGAAUUACAAUUAAAUGGUUUCCAACGUGAUCUCCACUGUUUACCUUUUAGACCAGCUGAUAGGAUUGUCAGUGUUUGGGUAGCCUUGGAACCCUGUGGAAUUGAGCUGACCAGCGAUUCAUCAUCAAAUGGUCAAGUUGAUUACAUGAUUAUACCAGGAAGUCAUCGAACUGGUUACUUGGAGACAAUUUAUUCCGACGAUGAGGGUAAUAAGGUGCGAAUGUUUUACGAGAGAAUCCCUGAAGUUAAACGAAUUCGCGAUGAACCUUCCAGUAAAGGAGUUCGAAAAGUUCAAUUGAAACCGGGAGAUGCUCUAUUUUAUCAUCCACUUUUGGCCUACACAAUUAAAAUUAACUCUCAACAAUCAACACAAUCUUCACAAGGAAGAUUAAUUGCCAUCUCAUGUCGUUAUGCUUCAUCAGAUUGUGAUUAUAUUGAAACAUCUUCAGGAUCAACUUACCAAGAUGAGAUUCCACCUUACCUGGUCAAUUCAAUUUCUGAUUAUAACCUUAACAAGGAUUACUGGAGGAAUCAAGGAUUACUGAUUAAAGGAAAACGAAGUAAUCUUUAAUCGCAAUUAAGAACCGGGGAAAAAGUCAACAUCCAUUAUUCCACCUUGACCAAUCAACCAUUAUCACUGAUUAUUGUAUAAUCAUCUCGACGGUUGAUAUUAAUUAUCAGUUAUUAAUUAAUCAACAAUAAUUCCAGAAAGAAAUAUACAAACAUCAGAAACGUAACUUUUUGUAUAAUUAUUGAUUUGAAAAUCGAUUAAUUAAUCAUAACAAACCAACUACAGUUUAAUUAUAAAACUAAUUUUAUAUAUAU